UGCGCAUGUUGGGAAUUGAAGUCCAUUGUUUGAGUGCUUCCCUACGAUCAGUCUGAGAGCCGGACUACAACUCCCGAAGUGCAAUGGGCUCGGUUUUGGUCUGAAGCCCGGCGGUGGAGACGGGACGAGAACGCUGCAGUGGGAGGAGGAGGAGCUUGGUGUUGGGUCGGACCCAGUGCGGGACUGCCCCUUCCCCCACCCUUUCCUUUCCUGGGCCGUGCUGGGCCAGGCCGCGGCUUCACUUCCGCUUCUCUCCGCCAUUCGGUGGCGGCUUGCCCUGUGUGGGUGCCCCUGUGUCUGUCGUUCCGUCCCGGGGAGUGCGGAGGCAGCGCAGCCGAGCAGCCGGAGCGUCGGCCCUGCCCAUCGGGGUUGCAUAAUCUGGAAUUAUGUCCAACAACGGGGAGUUGGAAGACAAACCACCUGCACCCCCAGUACGUGUGAGCAGCACCAGCUUCUGUAUGAGCAAUAAGGACACUCUGUUGACCAACCAUAAUGCCAAGCCACUCCCAUCUGUGCCUGAAGAGAAACAGAAGCGGACAAAACUGAAAUCCAUCUUCUCAAAUGCUGGAGAGAAAGGAAAUAAGAAGAGAGAAAAAGAACGGCCAGAAAUAUCCCCUCCGUCAGAUUUUGAACAUACAAUCCAUGUUGGGUUCGAUGCUGUGACAGGCGAAUUCACAGGAAUGCCCGAACAGUGGGCUCGGCUAUUACAGACUUCCAAUAUCACCAAACUGGAACAGAAGAAAAAUCCUCAGGCUGUGCUUGAUGUGCUCAAGUUCUACGAUUCCAAAGCUACGGUGAAACAGAAGUAUCUGAGUUUCUCAGACCAGCAAGAUGGAUUUCCUGCUGGUACACCAAAGCGCAGUUCAAAAGGCACCGAACCUUCAAAUGUACCAACCGUUCCGGAGGAAGAUGAUGAUGAUGAGGCCCUCCCUCCAGCCAUUGCCCCACGGCCAGAGUGCACCAAAUCUGUUUACACACGUUCGGUGAUAGAUCCAAUCCCACCUGCUGCCAGCAGGGAACCAGAUGGUGAUGGCACUUCAAAGGGAUUAGACAAAGUGAAAAAGAAAACUAAGAUGACUGAUGAUGAGAUUAUGGAAAAAUUGAGAAGUAUUGUGAGUGUUGGAGAUCCGAAGAAGAAAUAUACCAGAUUUGAGAAAAUUGGACAGGGUGCCUCUGGGACAGUAUUCACAGCUAUUGAUGUAGCCACAGGACAGGAGGUGGCAAUCAAACAGAUCAACCUGCAGAAACAACCAAAGAAAGAGCUGAUCAUCAAUGAGAUCCUGGUGAUGAAAGAAUUGAAGAACAGCAACAUUGUCAAUUUCCUGGACAGCUACCUGGUAGGAGACGAGCUGUGCGUUGUGAUGGAAUAUCUUGCUGGAGGUUCAUUGACUGAUGUCGUUACAGAAACCUGUAUGGAUGAGGCACAAAUUGCUGCUGUGUGCAGGGAGUGCCUACAAGCAUUGGAGUUCCUUCAUGCAAACCAGGUCAUUCAUCGAGACAUCAAGAGUGAUAAUGUGCUGCUGGGAAUGGAUGGAUCUGUGAAACUCACCGACUUUGGCUUCUGUGCCCAGAUUACACCAGAGCAGAGCAAGCGCAGCACCAUGGUAGGCACACCUUACUGGAUGGCACCAGAGGUGGUGACAAGGAAAGCUUAUGGUCCCAAGGUUGACAUCUGGUCGUUGGGGAUCAUGGCCAUUGAAAUGGUGGAAGGCGAGCCCCCUUAUCUAAAUGAGAAUCCGCUGAGGGCCUUGUAUCUCAUCGCCACUAAUGGGACUCCAGAGCUUCAGAACCCAGAGAAACUCUCUGGAAUCUUCCGUGAUUUUCUGAAUCGCUGCCUGGAGAUGGAUGUGGAGAAACGGGGCUCUGGGAAGGAGCUACUGCAGCAUCCUUUCCUGAAGCUGGCCAAGCCCUUGUCCAGUUUGACGCCGCUGAUUUUGGCAGCCAAGGACGCGAUGAAAAGCAAUCGCUAGCUCUUCUCCUCAAUGACUCCCCUCUGCCCCCAAAGAUUCGGAAUCAAGUAUUACGGUCUACAUUUGAAAUGCCGGAGCAGCUGGCAGGCCCAACUCAGGCAUCACAACGUGCCUGUCACCAGCCAACCCACACAAGCAAGGUCGAUGCUGCUUUUAAAUCUCCAAAACAAAAAGUGGUCCCUCUUCCUUCCCUCUACAUUUCAAUACUUGAAUUGCAGAUUGAAAGACAGAUUAGCUGCCUCCUCUGUGGAAUCUGGACUUCUCCCAGCAUGCAGUUCGGUCUGCCAGUUGCUUGUCUCCUAAGGACAUUACGUACUGUAUUGGGUGAGCGGGGCUUUGGGAUGUUCUGCUUUAUGCCUUUUUUGUAUAUUAUGUAUCUCAGUGGCGAUUUGCAUUAGAAUUCAGGAGAGAAGUUGUGUAGCUGUCUUUUUUUAAAGAAAAAAUUUUUAUUGUUAGUACUAACUUUCAGGAGUUCUGACUAGUCACUAGCACUGACUGUCGGGGCCAAGAUACCAGCUUCCUCCAUGCUCAUGGUCAGUGUGAUUAUAUUAUUUUGAUGUUAGUCACAAAAUGCCUUGAUGAUUGGUGUGCACACUCGAAGGAGAGCUGUAGGAGUUUAAUUUUUCUGUGGCCGUAAUCGGGCAGGAAUGUUGGUGGAUUCAGACUUGCAAAUAGACACUUGGCCCAAGCUAUCCUAAUACUCAUUGUUUUUGCAGUGGGACCUAAUCUUUUCUGCAUUGAUGCCGGAUUCCCCUUGUGUUCAUAUUGCAGCCACAACAAUGCAUUAAAUUAUCUUAAUGUUGGGUGCAUUCAUUGAUGCCACACUGACUCCUAUAAGGCUUCUGCUGAUGAAAUGAGUUGAGUGUUUAGUAUUAGAGCUAGUUAAGCGGAGUCUUCAGUAUCGUAAAGAAGCAGUAUUCCCAUCUGAUGUACAGAGGUGCUACAUCGCGAUGGCGCAGUACCGAAUGCCUUUCAGUGCCCCAUAGUUUUAUUUAUUUUCAUUAAAAAGUACAUUGUUUUGAUUUAUUUUCACUGUUUAAAAACUGCGAUAUGUUUACAAUAACGGUGGUUAAUGCUUCAGGUUUCUGUAGAAUGUGACCUCUGCGCACAUGCGAUCUUGUGCACUGCACCGACAAUGUGCAGCCCCAGGUAGUGAAGACUGCAGUAACUGCAUCUAGAGAACACCUGAUGUUCAUACAGUUCCCAUCAUUCUACACUGUAUCCCAUGCAGGUACCCCCUCCCCAUGCACAUCUUUCACCUAUGCUACUGCACUGCACCCAACCUCCAUAGAUACACUGUGAAAAAAUGCAUCAUUGCAUUGCAAACUUACCACUGUGCAUCUCUGCACAACAGAACAUUGCAUCAAGCCGCACUCCAUGCAGCACACUGCACAUUCCAUAUAGUCCCACAUGUACAACAUCAUACAGUGGCUGUGAGCAAAAUGAUCAUUGGGUAUGUCAGAUGGGACACAUGGAGAGAAGGUAGUGGGGAACAGAGUUCUUGUGUCAACUCACUCAUUGUGAAACUGCUGAAAAAAGUUAAAAUGAGAGGUAGUCUCCAGGGAAGGAAUUGGUGGCUUCAGAUAACCACGGUUGCCCUUUUGCCCUGACCUGCCUUUCAGACCUCUGCACAGUACCAUAAGGAAGUGAUGCAAAAGUUCAACCAUUCAACACAUGACCGCGGCAAACUGUCCAAUGGAAAAUACUCCACGCACCUCACUGAUGGUUCCCAAUAAGAGUGUUGGUGAAUUCUGUGGCUUAUUACUGCAGUAUUAAAAGGAGAAAAUAUAACAAGAAGGUGAACACAUCUAUCAAAGUGCCUAACAGUAGAGUCUGAUAUUAUUGGGAAUUUGGGAUUUUGGACUCUUUUCUAAUUAAUACUAAAAACAAAAUAAAAUUUUUAGAUAACGCAA